CCAUUUUCCGGGAGUGGGAGGUGCACUUUACUUCCUGACUGCUUUCCUUUUUCCACUGGUUAUCGCGGCGCCCACCGGCCUCUGAUCUCUGAGUCUUCUCCAACCCACAGACGUUUUUUGUUGCUCUGGUUCCAGGACCUUCUCCACAACUAGGCCAUUUUCCCUGCCAGGUGUCCUUUUUGACCUCUUGACCUCUGACUCAAAGGUCAGCUCAAAGGUUCCGAACUCGGGCCUGGGAUGUGAGGGGGGACUGAACCUAAGUUCUCCGAAUCUUUAGCCCUGGGUCCCUAAGUCGCACCCUUAAGGCACCUCACUCUAGAUCUGAGCCUUCAUAUCCCAAACUCACUCAAGAGUUUCCACAUCCAGCCCCAAAGAAUGAGUUAACUCCUACUAACUCUCCACCUAAGACUCCCGAGGUAACCCAACCGGUACCACAGAUCCGGUUCCGGAUUUAAGGACCGCACCCUGUUAACCGUCAGGUGCCUUAUGACUUGAGUCAGCCUCGCAAUUCCUGCUCCCAUGGUUUCAAAUAUUAGCCCUGGUCCUUUCACACCCACUGCUCAGCCCCCAGAUUCUGGAACUCAGCUCUUAAACCUUUAAAAUCUCCAUCCCUGAGACCGUUCUCCGUUGGAGGAUCCUUCCCUCCCCGCUUUCUGAACCUCUCAACCCCUCCUGUAGACCCCAAAAUGACUUCUCCAUGCUCUCCUCCCCUAAAACCACCAAUUUCUCCUCCAAAAACCCCUGUACCCCAAGCCAGCAGCAUUCCAUCUCCUCUUCUACCACCAAGUCCCCUGGACUUUUUAGCUUUACCAUCCCCUCCCUGGAGUCAGCAGACCCCUGUUCCCCCACCGCCCCCACUGCCUCCUCCACCCGCUGCCACAGGGCCUGCUCCCCUUCAUGUCUUCGGCCUGGAGAAGAGCCAGCUCCUGAAGGAGGCCUUUGAGAAGGCUGGCCCGGUCCCCAAGGGCAGAGAAGAUGUGAAGAGGCUUCUGAAACUACACAAGGACCGGUUCCGAGGUGACCUGCGGUGGAUCCUCUUCUGUGCAGACCUGCCGUCCCUCAUCCAAGAAGGCCCUCAAUGCGGGCUGGUGGCCUUGUGGAUGGCAGGUACUCUCCUGUCGCCCCCCAGUGGCGUCCCCCUGGAGAGACUCAUACGGGUGGCCACGGAAAGAGGCUACACGGCCCAGGGAGAGAUGUUCUCAGUGGCCGAUAUGGGCAGGCUGGCCCAGGAGGUGCUGGGCUGCCAGGCCAAGCUGCUCUCUGGUGGCCUGGGCGGUCCCAACAGAGACCUCGUCCUGCAGCACCUGGUCACUGGACAUCCCCUGCUCAUCCCCACCAGCUACGACGAGGACUUCAACCAUGAGCCAUGUCAGAGGAAGGGCCACAAGGCACACUGGGCGGUGAGUGCAGGGGUCCUGCUGGGUGUUCAGGCUGUGCCCAGUCUCGGCUACACUGAGGACCCUGAGCUGCCGGGCCUGUUCCACCCAGUGCUGGGCACGCCCUGCCAACCACCAUCCCUGCCAGAGGAGGGCUCCCCGGGAGCUGUCUACCUGCUGUCCAAGCAGGGCAAGAGUUGGCACUAUCAGCUGUGGGACUACGACCAGGUCCGGGAGAGCAACCUGCAGCUGACGGACUUCUCGCCCUCACGGGCCACUGACGGCCGGGUGUACGUGGUGCCCGUGGGUGGGGUACGGGCUGGCCUCUGUGGCCAGGCCCUGCUCCUCACACCACAGGACUGCAGCCAUUAGCUGGGGCUGCGGUUUCAGGCUGCAGCCUAGCUCGGUCACCAUUUGAAGUGUGCCUACACUUCUCCCACUGUGUGAUGGCGACAAGAUUGAAGCUAGGUCUCAGGGGUGUCCAGUCCUCCUUCAUCAGGGCCACCCCCUGCAGUAUUGAGCACCAGCUGGUCCCUCUAGGGAGAGAUUGACAACAGCCCAGACCCUGCGGCCUGCCUAUUCCAUCUGAAUGUCACAUCGUCUGUUUCUCACUAGGGGCCGCCUCUGUCAUCUCACUAGACAUCUAAGGAACCUCCUGCCUGGGCCCUCUGCUUCUCACAGGACAGGGACACUGAACUGCGUCAGCCUCAGCUCACCCCUCCUUAGCCCAAGGUCUUCCUCACGCUUGCCACCUACUAGUCAUACUGGCCUUUUAGAUCCCUGAAGUGUUGUUCAAAUCCCCGGAUCAUUGAGUCCCACCCCCAGCCCUCUGCUGCGGAUCACUCCUUAACUUCUCCAUUGGGGCUCAGGUAUCACUACCUCAGGGAAGAGUCCUGCAGCCCCAGUCAAGACACCCCUCCCCCACCUCAUGUCUUCACAGUUUUAAAGCCCAUCUGGGAGCAGUUAC